CUUGACCAAUAUUGUUUUUUUAAACAUAAAAAGGUUGUCAAGUAACCCCAGAGCGCCAUUUGAAAGCAGGCAGAGUGAUUCGUGGCUACUUCUCCAGAGAAAACCAUCACGAGGAAAAAAUCGAGUGAAAAGUCUAAAAAGACGGAAGAAUUUCUCCAGAAACACGAACCCAAUCGGCGAAAAAAGGCAAAAGUCGAGUUCUUUCUCCUUGUUGGGGUUGCUUUUUUGGUGGCUAGAACACGAGGACAGCGAAUGUGGUGAAUAUGCUUUGGCGCUCUCUCGUUUUGAGCCAAGAUCAGAGAACAAAAUGAGGGGUUUCUAGAGCUGAGGAUCAAAAGGUUUUUCCCUUGUCCUUCGAUUGGAGCAGCUAUUGCAUUCUCAUUUGGUUUUAAGAAUUGGGUCGAAAGAAGUUGGGGUUUUUGGUGCUUCAAGUUCUGAGGAUAGAUGAUGGUGAAAUUCAGCAUCAGGGCAUGAAGCUGAAGAAGGGUUUUUAUGACCUUCUUCUUCUUCUGCUAAUGGGGAUUAUUUGAAGCUGUUGUACAGUAUGAUCUGCGUCCUUUUUGUUGUUUGAAUUGGUAGCUGAAGUUUUGUGUGGUUGGGGCUUAAGUGAGUGUUUAAGAUGUUGUGAGGGAAUCUGAUUUGCUGAGGAAGGGCUUUUCCAUCUCUUGGGAACUGAUAUUGCUUUUCUCUGGGGAAGAGGAGACGCCUAGUGCAUUGUACAAAUAAUGUUCAAACAGUUUCUCAGCAAGCUUCCACGUAAAUCAUCGAAGUCAGCCGACAGUCGUGAUAAUGGUGGGAGCUCUAAUCCAUAUGCCAACGCUUCGAUCAACUCGAGAAGUGGUGAGCUUGGAAGUGCCAAGUCUGGGGCCCUGAACCCGGUGUCAAGUUCCGCUCCUAACCAUGGUUCAGAUAAGGGGUCGAAUCAUGGCACCAAGACUUCACGGAACUCAAAUGUCCAGCUUAAUGGGUAUUCAGUGUCUUCUGCUUAUGAAGCAUUGCCUGGAUUCAAAGAUGUACCGAGUUCUGAGAAGCAGCACUUAUUCAUAAGGAAGCUGAACCUGAGUUGCAUCAUAUUUGAUUUCACUGACCCAACAAAGAACCUUAGAGAGAAGGAAAUCAAGCGGCAGACAUUAUUAGAGCUGGUAGACUAUGUAACUGCUGUUAAUGGGAAGUUCACUGAAACAGUAAUGCAGGAAGCCACAAAGAUGGUAUCCUUGAAUUUAUUCAGGGCACUAACUCCUCAACUGCGUGAGAACAAAACAAUAGAAGCCUUUGAUCUGGAGGAAGAGGAACCUUUGAUGGAUCCUGCAUGGCCCCACUUGCAGCUUGUUUAUGAAUUCUUCUUCAGGUUCGUUGCAUCAUCAGAGACGGACGCUAAAUCGGCCAAAAGAUACAUUGAUCACUCUUUUAUUCUUAAAUUGUUAGACUUGUUUGACUCAGAAGAUCCCAGAGAAAGGGAAUACUUAAAAACUAUUUUGCACCGUAUCUAUGGGAAAUUUAUGGUUCAUCGCCCAUUCAUCAGGAAAGUCAUCAACAACAUAUUUUACUGUUUUAUUUUCGAAACUGAGAAGCAUAAUGGCAUUGCUGAACUUCUGGAGAUUCUCGGUAGCAUUAUUAAUGGGUUUGCUCUGCCAUUGAAAGAAGAACAUAAACUUUUCCUUGUGAGAGCACUGAUUCCCCUGCACAAGCCAAAGUGCUUGGCUAUGUAUCAUCAACAGUUAUCCUACUGCAUCACUCAGUUUGUGGAGAAGGAUAGCAAACUUGCUGAUACAGUCAUCAGGGGUCUUCUUAAGUACUGGCCGGUUACGAAUAGUUCAAAAGAAGUGAUGUUCUUAAGUGAGUUGGAGGAAGUUCUAGAAGCAACUCAGCCGCCCGAGUUUCAACGUUGUAUGGUGCCCUUGUUCCGACAAAUUGCUCGUUGUCUGAGCAGUUCACAUUUUCAGGUGGCUGAACGAGCACUUUUUUUCUGGAACAAUGACCAUAUCGAGAAUUUAAUCAAGCAAAAUCGCAGUGUGAUACUGCCUAUCAUCUUCCCUGCCCUUGAGAAAAAUGCCAGGGACCACUGGAACCAGGCUGUUCACAGCUUGACCCUGAACGUCCGUAAACUAUUUUAUGAUCUUGACCCCGAACUGUUCAAAGAAUGCCUGACCAAGUUCCAGGAGGAUGAGGCAAAGGAAGAUGACAUCAAAGCGAGACGCGAGACCACGUGGAAACGCUUGGAAGAAGCCGCCGCGAAGAAAGCUUCGAGCAACGAGGCUGUGCUUGUACUUGCCAAAACAUUGUCUCGAAUGACUUCAGGUUAGCAUGAACAGCACUUAUCCCUCUGCUGUUGGUUCUAGUGGCUUGGUUUAUUUUGUCUAGUGGGGUUGAUGAUUAGAGUCGGGAAGGGUUAAUGUUCAAGGAUUGCUGCUGUAUACUAUCUUCAUUGGAGGGAGUUUUCUGUAAUGUAGCGAAGGAUGAUGACUUGACAUUGGUCGAAGGCCACAAACAUUUACUGUAAUCGAUCCGCCCUGUUUUAUUUUUCUCCUAAA